CAGGAUUUUCGUUUUGCUUACCCAAGUUGGAACGUAACAAUAUCCGUGAAAAUUGUUAAAAAGCUGUUCGUUUGUUUACCGAAGAGACGCGUCUUGAAACUAAGAUGAAAAAUGAAGUCUGAGUUCUGUGCAUGAUGGAAGAUGAGAGGAGGUUGAUAAAAAAGGAUCCAAAACGAGUAUAUAAGGUGAAAUUGAAAAGAUCAAAAGCAAAUGCUAGAGAAAGAAAUAGGAUGCAUGGUCUAAAUGCUGCGUUGGAUAGGCUGAGAAGUUGUAUGCCUAUCCAGCAAAUUCACACAGACGCAAACUCUACUCCUCAAAAAUUGUCCAAAAUCGAAACGCUCCGUCUCGCUAGGAACUACAUCGCAGCAAUGACCCAAACUCUUCAAGAAGGCAGACCCAUGGAAAUGGGUCGGUACGUGAAAAUAUUGAGCAAUGAGUUGAGUCAGACCACUGCGAAUCUUUUGCAAGGAGCGUUGUUGAGUCGGAACGAGGGCCACGAGUAUCUGGAGAGAUACGUGAAUAAUUGUGAGAAUUAUUAUCAUUCCAAGUCGCAUGGUCAACAAUCGUAUUUUUGCAAUUACCCAGGUACGUACGGAGAAGAAAAUUAUGGUCGUUUAUGGGAUACAUACAAAGACAACUGGCCAGGAAUACAGAACUGUAUUUACUUCAAUCACAAUGGCAAUUUUUUCAAUGAAAACGUUUACCCUCAUGACAUUAUCUAGUCAUCUUGUUUGGAGUCGAAACAUACGUUGAUUCAGCAUCAAUUUUCGCUUAAUUCGUCACGCUAGAUGUAGCCCAAAAGAAUGGAAAAUGUAUCUUGGUGUUACCUUUUUCACAUUCUGGAUUAAAAAAGAAUCGAAUGAACAUGUAGCCAUCCCAGAUAGCACAAAACGUCCAUAGUAUACACUAAUGAUGCCUGAACGCCUGAGACGUUGAAAAGACGUCUUUAAGAUGUCCUUAGUACGAUGUUUCAUGACACGAUAUAAAAGAAACAUUUUUAAGACGUUUUCUUAUGUCUUUUAGAAGGCGUGGUUAAAAUAUAUAGCAUUCGGCUUCUUAACAAGUUAGAAAUAUUAGUAAACAUAUAAGAAACCUUAAUCUUGAACAUCUAACUAAAUGUUAAAGUAACAUAUAUUUUUUCGUUUACCCUACCACGAUGGAAAAUAUAUACCACUUUUUUAAGAUCCAUGUAUUUUUUAACCAAUUUAAUUAUUUUAAACUUCGUGAAAGGACAAGUCCUUAAAGUUUUCAGAUAUAUUUAUUUCUCGAUAACACCAAUUGUCUUUUUCUGAAAUCUUUUAACUUUAAAAUUUAUUGCAUCAUCCUGUUUUAACUCAUCAAUUCGCCACCAGCCACCAGAUGACAAUGCGUCUAUAAAAGCGAGCACAUCUCUAUACUUACCUGUCGAACAUCUCUAGCCCUGGCAUCUGUCAAUGCCAUUUGUCAUUUGUUUCAGUGUUUUUAAGGCGUAGCGUACGCGGGAAAAGUUCUUGCUUACGUAUGAAGUUCCACUUCUUUGGAAAUCAAGUAAAUUGUAACUCGUAUUCUACCCCCUAGUUAACAUUAGAAAAAAGUGUUUUGUUUUUUAUUGUCUUUGUGGCCUCCUUGAUGGUCAUAGUUUUAUACUUCUCCGUGUCAGCGCUCUAUUUUGAGGUUAUGUCACAAACAUCUAUUUGCAUCAAAUUGGGCUUGCUUUUGAGUUAUAUCGUGUUUUAUCAGCCUGAAAUUUCGUUAGGCCCGUACAAUUGUAGGGCGCGUUUAUGGCCUCCUUGAUUGUCAUACUGCUUUCUCUCCUUCAAAAAUUUCUAGAUUACACUUGUCCCGUGUCAGCGUCAGCGCUCUCCUAUUGUGAAGAUUUGUUUUCCUUUUAAAUUGUAGGAAAUUUCAGGCUGAUAAAACAUGAUAUAACUCAAAACCAAGCACAAUUUGAUGCAAAUUGAAGUUUGUGACAUAACCUCAAAAUAGAGCGCUGACGCGGAGAAGUAGAAAACUAUGACAAUCAAGGGCCAUAAAGGCGCCCUACAAUUGUAGGGACGACUGACGAUACAGGCCUAAGAGCAGCACUAAGGACGAACUUAUUUUUAAGAGACGUUUUUUAACAAAGUCUUUAAGAUGUCGUACAGCAUUCACAAGACGUCUUUACGACGUCUCUAUUAUCUCAAAAUGACCUUUUUAAGAUAUGGUUGUGCUAUUUUGGAUGAAGCAAAAGUGCCGUUUAAGCACAAGAAAUUACGAGUUCUAGUCAUCUGUUUAAUCUUAUAUACGUAUUUAUUCUGUACAUAAAAAUAGACAAUCACUCAA